CUUUGUGAAGUGGAUCAUGGAGCUCUUUAUUUUGUUCUGUGUGGUUCCUGUCGCUUGGUGCUAUGGUUCAGGUUUGGUCUCAGACAGCUGUGUGGACAUGAGUCCCCACCAUUCUGGGUCUCCUCAGACCACCACAUCCCCGUUUACUGUCAGCACAGAGCAGAACAGCUUCAGACCUGGCGAAGAUGUUAAAGUUUCUCUUCAGGCUCCAGCCUCCAGUCCAUUUAUGGGGUUCCUGUUGGAGGCCAGAGAGCCGGGGGGCCAGUCUGCUGUGGGUUCAUUUGAAGUGAGCUCUGGUUCAGCCCGACUCCUCUCCUGCUUCCAGAGACCUAACACUGCAGUGUCCCACACUUCAGCCUCUAUAAAGACAAACAUCCAGGUGACGUGGAAACCUGACUCAGCAGGAAAUAUUAAACGUGUCCAGUUCCAAGCAUCCUUUGUAAAGAGUUACAAGACUUUCUGGGUUGGAGUGAAAAGUCCUGUUCUGAGUCUAACAGACGACGACCACACAGAUUCUUUCAGUACCUCGUUGCCCAGCUCUAAUACCAUCUCCAGUGCAGGCUGCGGUGCCUCUAAGGUGUGUAUCAGUCAACCUGCUGACUGUGAUCCGGCCAGCAGUUCCCAGUGUUACUUUUUGUCAGCCAGGGUGCUCUCUCCUGGGGGAUCUGCUGUCCGCUAUGAGAUAACAGGAACUGCUGAUGGAUAUGUGGCCUUUGGAUUCUCAGAUGAUCAGAUGAUGGGAAAUGAUGACAUUUAUAUCUGUGGCAUCGACAGUAUGGGAUUGGUGGAGGUUCAGCAUGCCUUUUCUACAGGAAGAACAGCUCCGCAGGUUCAACCACUGGGGAAUGUGUCGGAUGUAAAAGCCAUGGUGCAGAAUGGGGUGCUGAGCUGUUCCUUCACAUCAAACAAUCCCAUUUCUACCCAGAGGAGUUCAGGCUUCAGCAGCAUGUUCUACCUGCUGUUUGCCUAUGGAGCCAGAAGCAAUGGGAUAACCCAGAUGCAUACGGAUACUUUCAUCAGCAGCCAAAGGAUCAAUAUUUCAGCCCCUGAUGUUGUCCAAACUGAUGAAAAAGUGCAUAUCAUCCAAGCACAUGGGGCUCUGAUGCUGAUAGCCUGGAUGACCACAGGUCCACUGGGAAUGAUGGUUGCACGAUUCCAGAAAGGAAUGGCCAAUGGCGUGAAGCUGUUCGGCAAAGAUCUCUGGUUUGUGGUCCAUGUUUCAGUGAUGAGCAUCACUGUGGCAGCCACCUUUAUUGCUUUCAUCCUCGCCUUCUCAUUCGUGAAUGGCUGGGCUGAGGGAGCUCAUCCUGUUCUAGGCUGCAUGGUAAUGAUUUUAGCACUGAUGCAGCCCAUCCUGGCAUUGAUGCGUUGUGGACCACAACAUCGAUGGAGGUUUCUGUUCAGCUGGGUACAUCAUUUCAUUGCAGCAUCUGUUAAACUUUUAGCUGUGGCAGCCAUAUUUACAGGUGUGCAGAUGAUGGACAGCACUACAGACCUCUGGCUGAUGAAAGUGAUGGGUGGGUUUGCUGGCUGGGAAGCUUUGUUCUAUGGCCUGUUGGAGCUCCAAGGGAGACUGAAGUUGAGCAGAGCAGGUGAACACCUUCCUGUUCAGCAUCAUCAUCACUGCUCAGCUCUUGCUAUAAACACAUUAAAUUAACACCCAUCUCUCACAGACAAGAGACAUUUUCAUAUGUAAAGUGUAAAAGAAGGAACCCACGGAUGGCGCUAAAGUUUAGUUUGAUAGCAUAAGAAACUUGGUGACUUCUUGCA